AUUUAUAUAUUCACAGCCAGGUUUUGAAUGAAUGAAGGAUGACACUACGUAGCCAUCUGGCUUAAAAAACGUGGACGUGGAGGAUAUUAGAAAAAAAGGUUACGUCUGCCGAGUGAAUGCAGCAAUGGCGACGGAGGAGCAUAAACGCUUAGCUGAUGUAGUGAAGGAAACUCAUGCCCUGUUGCGGACGGAAUAUCAUCAAUAUGGCGCCGAAGUCGCGUGGGAGCGUCAUAUGGCGCGAAAUGACGUUUUACAGAAGUAUGCUACAUCUAUGCAAAAAUUGGCCACUAAAUACUGGAAGGAGAAUGAUUCGAAGAAUGGAACAUACUGUAGAAUGUGGAUAAGAACCCAGUGCAAGGAGUACUUUCUCAAUGGUGGUAAAGAGAAGUACGAUAAGAGAGAACGGGAUAUAUAUGCUAAAAUGAGGAAAAAGUUGGAUGAAAGCUGUACAAACAACAGUGAUGAAGACAUCUGUAUGGAAGAUCAUUUAAAAAAUGCCAAAAAAUCAGUACUGGAUGUAGGUUGUUGUUACAAUCCUUUAAGCGUCGACGAGGCAUUCGACGUCACCGCGAUAGAUUUAAUUCCGGAUUCAACAGGAGGAAUUUUUCGCUGCGAUUUUUUAAACGUCGCGAUCGGAGAGGAGCGAAUUCUCUCGCGAGACGCGCGAGAGAUUUAUCAGCUAGCCGCAAGGUCAUUCGACGCCGUGGUGUUUUCCUUAUUACUAGAGUAUCUGCCAUGUCCGGAACAGAGAUACAAUUGCUGUAGGAAUGCGUACGACGUGCUGAAGAUAGGCGGCCUGCUACUCAUUGUGAGUCCGGAUUCGAAGCACGUCGGAGCAAACGCAAGGUUGAUGAAGUCUUGGAGGUACACGCUGAGCAGAUUGGGAUUCAUGAGGAUCAAAUACGAGAAGCUACGUCACAUUCACUGUCUGGCGUUUAGGAAAUGCGCCUGCAAAGACGUCGCCACGCGAUGGUGCGAGCUGCAGCGUUUUUCCCAGGAUGAUAGGAAAUACAUAUCCGAGACAGAGAUUUUUAUCCCACAGGACUUUCAGACCAUUUGUUUCGAAGAGGAAAGAGGAGAAAAGUCAGUUGAAUACAAUGAAACUGAUCUAGCGAGUACCUUUUCUGAAUUACCAUUUGAUAAUGAAAUGUAGUUUAAGUCUUCGAUGGAUUAUUCACGAGCCAUCUGAAAAAUGUUU